AUGAAUUCCAACAACCCCUCCACUCCUGAGAUCGACGACUCAAUCACCGACGAACUCGACUACGAUUUUUUUGCGAGGCUUAUGCAGCAGAACACUGUCCCAUCGAGCUCUUCUAUCGCGCCGGUAGCUUCAACACAUCCUGGCCCAAUCGAACAGGACGGCUUCAGCCAGAACGACCAAAGCCUGUUUGAUUACGGCGAUAACUUUCCUUUGUUCCCUUCUGAGAGUCUCGGAGACAACGGCGGCUAUCUCGACCAUCAAGGAAAUAUGUACACUCCUGGCGAGAGCGUACCCGGACAGUCGGCCCAUGACUGGAACCUGCAAGGAGGUCACAAUCAGGUAGAGACUGGUCACCCGUAUCAGCGAGAGAACAACGUAGCCUUCGGCUCGUCCAGCAGCUUGGGCAACGACUUUAUGCACCACCCGCCUGUCACCAACCACAACGCACCCGUAAUCAACCACCCAGUAGCGACCGGUGAUUCACCUGCGCCCCAGCUGUCCGAGAACAAGGACGCUGGAACUGGCGAGCAAGCUGCUGAAGGCGCUGACAGCGCGGGCGCUGUUAAAUCCACCACACCCAAACACAUUCUCGAAAAAGAGAAGCAAGCCCGGGCCGCGAUCAGGAAGCUGAAGGCCAAGACCAGUAUGGACGGGCAGAUGGGCGAGUCUAUCACCAUGGUUCGUACCAACACUGGAGUUGAGUUCAGUGGUACGAUGUGGAAGGCGCCUGCCAACGAUAUGACCAUUCCUACAACAGAAAAGGAGAUCAAGGCUUGCGUCGAUGCUCUUGACGUGGCGAUGCACAACGUCUUAAACAUCCGGGAGAAGGCCGAUGUCAAGUCAUCUAACAAUCGGUGGAACUCUGAGUCCAAGUACUAUUUCCCGGAAGAGUACAAUGCAGCUGCUGGCCUGCUUGUAAAAGAGCUGAUCAAAAUCCACACCGACGGUUGGACCAAGCAGAUCUUCGACCAGAACGAGCGUGAGCAAUGUCAGCUCACCCAGUUCUACACGUUUGAAGAUCGGUUCGAAGGUCUUCGGGAACUGCUUCACUACUCCAAGACGUCUUGUCAAGACAUCAUGAAGGGUUCCCGCUUCUACACCAUCAUCGCAAACCCCCGCAACCUGAUCCACCGCACGGCCACCAACAAGACUGCCAACGUCAACAAGGGUCAGCAGAUUCGGGCAGGUAAGAAGGCGAUAAAGAAAGCAAGCAGCGCGGCAGCUUCUUCAAGCGGCGAAGACAAGGGCGACAAGGCAACCCAAAAGGACGACGAGGAGGGCUCCAACAGCGAAGAGUCUACAAAGGUCAAGAAGGCCUCAAGGGGCAAGAAGCGCGCUCGCGAAGAGACCUUCGUUGCAGAGGACCCAGCUGGCCAAGCACCUCGCAAGAAAGCGCCUGUGAAGAAGCGUCGCAGCGAGUGA